GUGCCAGCUGUGCCGAAGGUGGAAGCCUCUGAAGCCGCCAUCCAGCUGGAGUCCUCCUUAUCGCCGCAGCUGUCACAGCUCUUGGCCAACUCAGGAGGUGCUUUGAAAUUUCAGCUCCAGUCCACAGGCGCAGGAGGACAGGGCCCUCGUGCAGGUCACGACUCUGAUCGGCUCGUGUCGUACGUGCGUCCCGUGUCAGCAGCUCCGCAGUCACUCAGAGGCUCCCCGCGCUCGCGCUCGGGGCAAGUUGUAAAGGUCGACGAGCAUGCGGAGCGGACCGAAGCGACCUCGCGAGGCUCCAAUGAGUCCGAUUGCUCCUCAUCGCUGCACGAGGAUUGCCUCCCCGAGCCCGAGCUGGAUUUCGACGACGAAAUUAUUGAGUACGUGCUGCUGCCAACCAAGUUCGAGCGCGGUGUCAUCUGGCUGGAUGGUGUGUCGAAGCAGCACGAGCGCAUGACCUGGGGCCCCACCGCCCUGUCGACGCUGAAGGUUCCCCUGAUGACAGGUGCCGGAGGUGCAGGGCGCAGUGGUUCUGUGGCUUCGUCGGUGCCCUUGGUGGAAGCGCGCGUGGUGGAUCCAAACCUGCCCGAAGUUGCCUUGCAAGAGGGCAGAGGCCCCGAUUCUCGAGCCGUCCGAGAGCGCAUUCUGCCGGGCACACGGGCAGAACCGAGCGAGGCAACGCCGCGCACCCCCCGCGCCCGCGCACGGCAAAGUGGGCCCCCGGCCAUGAAGGAGAUCAACCACUGCUGGCAUGGCGAAAGCCGCAAGUCGAAGUGGCAGCUGGUGCAGCGUGCCGUGGAAGAUCCUGGCGAGGUGUCACGCCUCAUCGACGAAGUGCGCAGGCGCUCGCGCGGUCGAAGUGCGCGUCAUCGCCGACUUGGCCGAAGCAACGUCUUCGCACACCCGCAGAUGUCCCUCGUGCACGGCUUCUGA